AGAAAGAAGAAAUAUAGAAAGAUAUAUAUGUAUAUGGAUGUGAAAUAUAUAAGCCUCAACAGGCUAAGGGGCCAAAGAGAUGCCCAUGCCCCAAAAUAUUAUUAAUCAACAAGAAUCCAACUUCAAUCAAUUUGUUUAAUACAACACAAUAAUAACAACAACAACUAAUAACAACAACAACAACAAAUGGCCACCUUUAAUGCCAGCAAUGCCCCGGAUGUCCUUAAUUCCUCAACGGGCACAUUUCUAGUGCCACCAGCAACUGGGACUCCAGCAGGUGGUGGUGCAGGAGGUGUUGUCCAUUCUGGACUCAGUUUGGAACAGUUUGUUGGUGCUGCCGCCGCCCAACCUCCCCAGGCGUAUAUGACUCCACUGCAUCACCAGCAACAUCAACAUCAUCACCACCAGCAGACCAAUUGCUCAUCCUCAUCCACUUCCUCAUCGUACACUUUUGUGCAAAUAAAACGUGAACCUUGCCAAGUAUCUGAGAUAACAUCCAAUAAUUGCCAUCAACAACAAACGGCAUCCACAUCGCUGACUGCAACAGGAUUGGGUACUGUCUCAUCCUCAUCUUCCUCUUCGGCCUCGUCCAAGACCAUGUCAUCGUCUACCCUAACCACUUUGGUCAAAAUUGAGGCACCCUCACCCAAAAUGCCUGAUAUGGAAAAGUCAACAGGCAAUUCAGUGCCCAUUGGCAUUGCAGUGGCACGGAAACGACCACAAGAGACUGUAAUGGCGGCUCUAAGCCAACCAACCACAUUGCCAUUGCAGCAACCACUCCAGAAGGAUAUGAACUGCUUUGGCAUACGCGUCGCCGAUCUGGCAGGAGCCACCAGUUGCGGCAAUUUGUACUUUACGGGCAACGGCGACUUGAUGACCACUGGAACAACCACAGCCGAAGAGUUGGCCCUCAGUGCUGCUGGUGUGAAUCGUACUCCAUCCACGUUUUGGCAAUAUCCAAAUGCAUUACCCAUUGAAUCAGUGAUUUCCAUGUCGCCCGCCACAGUGGGCUUACAAUACUCCCGCGAGGCCAGUCGCGGACAGGUGGUGCUUUUGCCGGCUGCCCCAGCAGCGCUUGCAGGCAUAUCAAAUUUUCCCCUCUUAACGCCCACAGAUCCGUUCCAGCAGGCGGCGGCGGCAGCGGCCUUUGUAUGGCCCUCGGCCUACAUUCCCCAGGCAAAUGGAGCCGGUGGUCCAGCUGCUGCUGCUGCUGCCGCUGCAGCCUUGCAGCCGUCACCAAAUUUUAUAUUUCCCUCGAUGGGCGGCCAUUCCACUCUGGGAGCUGCAACGCCCUCGUAUGCCUCCACAUUGCAAUUGUAUUUGGCAGCGGCGGCGGCCACAGCCAAUCAGCAGACCAGCAGCACCACGACCACCAAUUCCACCAUUAAUCUGAGUCUGGCUGCUGCCAGUAGUAGCAGCAGUAGCAGCCUGAAUUCCAGCACCAACAAUCUUAGUUCGAGUAGCUCCCGAUUCCUUAGUCUGGCGGCUGCUCAACAGGCACCCAUGGGUUCGUUGCUAUUGCCGCCGACGGCCAUGAAGCUGGAGGAGUACGCCACAGCGCAGCCGUUACCCUUGGCUCUGCCGCCUUUGGUGCCGUUGGAGGCGUCCCGGGACAAGGAACAGGCUUUAAAUCUAAUGCGUCUACCAACGCCGCCAACUUCGGCCACCAUUGAGUCGGCUGGAACAGCCAUGGCAGGGCACACGGCACCCCAUCACAUCUUUCAAACGGCAACAACGGCUCCCAGUUGCACAUCGACACCGACUUUGCUGAAUCUAUCGAUGCAUGGUACUGGGAGCGAAUUGAUGGCCACCAUUCAACCCAAUCAGCCGACAAUUUGUGAUGAGACGGCUUUGAAUUUUAAGCUGCAUGCCCCGUUGACGCCGCAGACGCCGCCCCGUCUAAUGGAAGCGCCACCCACUGUUAUCCCCACACUUCCCUCCCAUCCAUCAUUACCCCCCCAGAUGCAAGAUAUGAAUAUACAAACCGAUACGCCUGUGUGCAGUGAAGACGAAAGCUUGAUCUAUCCAUGUCCUCCGAAAGGAGGUGGGGCCAUGGAGGUGACAAGUCACGAGCCAUCCCAACCGCAUCCGAAUCCCUUGGUCCAGCCCCUAGAGCUGACCAAACCCAGUGAAGCUAACCAACCUAAUGAGUGCCAUACCCAAACCAAUUCCUGUGACAUAACCAGUGCCAGUGCCCCAAGUCAAGAGUUGUUGCCAGAGCAACAGCAGCAGCAGCAGCCGCUGCACGAAGCAGCGCCCAUGGAGACGAUGGCACAACAGCAGCAAACAGCUCCCGAAGAUUUGACCGGACUGGAGUUGUUGUCCAACAUAAGCACUAAUAGCACACCUUUAGUGCGAGUCAAGCAAGAGCCUAUGGAGCACAGCGAGACGUUGCCAGUGGAACAUCCACCGCCGCCGUUGCCGCCUCAAUCGGCACCUGCUCCACCCAUCCAAACUAUAAUUGAAACGGUGCCGCCGCCAGCAGAGCAAUUGGGUGGAUUAAAUCUACUCUGUGCUCUUGCCACACAGCGUUUUCAAGAAGAGGUUGUCCAGGGUAGUAGCCUCUUUGCCACGCCCACAUCGCGAUCGCCUACGCCACCUCCUAUAGAGACUACACCAACGUCUGUGGAAACGACUCCUAUGCCAAUCGCUGGCGCUUUAGUUGGAUUAGAGGCAAAACCAAGCUUUGGUUUUGCCAACAACCAACAAGGAACGGCAACCACAUUCUCCAGCAAUGGUGGAGGCAGCUCCUCAAGUUUCUUUCAAAUGCCAAUUAGUAAUUCACCUGGUUUUCCAUCGAUGCAAGGCAUCGAGUUACCUGUCACUUCAACGGGCGAAUUGACGCCUAUGAAGCGUAAGAAGCACAAGCAUUCCAAAUCCUCGUCCAGCGAUAGUCGCAAAUCAACGCGCUGCAGCAAGAAGAGUAAAAAGAAGCGGCGACAUAGCACAAGUCGUUCUCAGCAACAGCAACAACAACAACAGCAGCAGCAGCAACAACAAGCCGAUGAUGAUAUGGAUCUGCAGGAUGAGGAGCUGCAAUCGGAGCUACGCAAUGCCCUGGACACUAUGAAUCCCACUUAUGUGCAACGUUUUGGCCAGGAGGUCUUUACCCUCAUGGAUAAUAGUAUGCGGAUGCGUCUGGCGGAUAUAACGCGUCAGUAUCGGAAAAAGAAGCGCAAGCUAGAUGAGAUUUCCAAGCACAAAAAGAAGAAAAAGUGCUCUAAAAUGCAAUCACAGCAACAAUCACCAGUCCAGCAACCAACAAUCCAGCAGCCGCAAUUAACCCUUGGCGCCUCGCUGUCCAGUGUACUCGGGACAUCAUCUCCAUUGAGGGAUUACAAAUUUCCGAAAUUCUCUAGCAGCAAUCUGCAGACGUCCAGCUUUUUACGCUUCCCGGAGAAGACGCACUCAUUCCCGCCGCCACCGCAACAAUUGCAGCAAACCCAAACGGAGCUCAGUCCAUCGCCGAGUACCUCAUCAUUUGUCCGGCUGGAGCCAAGCGCGCUGGACGCGGCUGCUGCAAAUGCCCCAACAACUACCUCCACAUCUUCCACAUCGGCCAAUCAUGCCUCUGUCACCACUGUCGCAACGCAGAAGCCUCCCUCGGAGCGCAAGCAACGCAAACUGAAGGCACGUGCAAGCAGAGAUCGAGAUCGUGACAGGGAGCAGCAGCAGCAGCAGACCACAACGGCCGCAGGCCCAACGGAGGCAAAGCGUCGUCUCAGCGCCAACGAUCGUGAACUGCAAUUGACCAGCGAGCAUUUGUACCGGGAUGAGACUCGCGUACUCACCGACAUGGGCGGGUUAUUCUAUGCUGGGGUUAUGAAGCCUUUGCGACCGCCAGAUGUCUAUGCCAUUACGCUGGAUGGAGAAAGGGGCAACAAGUCGCAUGUUAUGUCGCGGGAGGACAUACUUAAGGAUACGAUUCUCGAGGUGGCACCCAAAAGUGUAGAGAGUGUGCCAGUGGGUACUCGUCUGUGUGCCUACUGGAGUCAGCAGUAUCGUUGCCUUUAUCCAGGACGUGCCAUUGAGUCGGAACCGCUUGAGGAUGGUUCAACGGUUGCGGCUUCUUCAACCUCAGCGGCAGCAAAUACUUCAUCGGCAGCAGCAGCAGCAGCAGGAACAGCAACAACAGUUCCAGACUUUGUCAGCGUGGAGUUUGAUGAUGGGGAUAGCGGCAGGAUCCGCUUGCAGAAUAUACGUCUGCUUCUCAGCAAUUAUCCCAUAGCAGAGUACAACGAUAAUCCCCUCUACUCUGUAGGCAAACAAAAGCGUGGCGCAUUGCGGACAGGUGACAACGUACCUGGCAGCAUACAGGAUCAUGUAAUGGGUCCAACUGGAAGCGAUGACUCGCACAGUCAUCAUGGCAUGUUAAUUGGUGAUAAUACAACAUCGUUGGCAGCCACCAUGGAGCUAUUCACACAGCGUAGUGAGAAGAAGCGCCUGAAGAAGAGUCUCAAGAAGAUGACAAAAGCCCAGAAUGGCGUGGCCCAGGCGGCAGCAGCUGCGACAAAUGGAGGCGUGAAAGAGUCGAAUGCUAGUGGAGAUGCCGCCGAUGAAGGCACCGCUAGCAACGGCGGAAUUGCUGUCCCCGAUGAUGCCAGUCGUAAGCAUCAUAAGCACAAGAAACGUAAAAAGCACAAGAAGCAUCAUCGCAAGAACGACAGCGAUGAGACGGAGUUUAAAGCAACAUCGCAGGACACGGCAGAAGUGCCAACGCCAGCGGCAACAUCAGUGCCAGCGCCAGGGCCAACGCCAGUUGUGCAACGCGUCAAGAUGGAGGUGAAAGUGAAAGCGGAACAGCUGGACAUGGAAGAGGAAACUACGUCCAAUCUGAUGUCCGAGAUAUCUGAUGAGGCAAAGGGCGAUGAACUGGUUGAGCACAAUAACUCCAAGGGCAGCAGCAAGAUAGCAGCAUUUCUGCCCGAGAGACAGCUCUGGGGCUGGUAUGGUACAGCUUACCGCAAGGCUGGAGUUAAAGGCCGGGCCAGAAAGCAAUUCUACAAAACAAUCAAAAGGGGCAAGGAGACAAUUACGGUCGGGGAUAGUGCAGUAUUUUUAUCCACGGGCAGGCCAGAUCGUCCAUAUAUUGGGCGCAUCGAGUCCAUGUGGGAGACCACCACAGGCAAUAAGGUGGUGCGUGUGGCGUGGUUCUAUCAUCCGGAAGAGACAACUGGAUGUCCAAAAUUGAAAUAUCCGGGUGCUCUGUUUGAGUCGCCACAUGAGGAUGAGAACGAUGUACAGACUAUUUCGCAUCGAUGCGGGGUGCUAGAGUUUGGCAGCUAUUUUGAUAAAUUUGGUGCCGAUUCGAAGCAAUAUCAAUCCAUAUACGAUAACAAUGAUACAUAUUAUUUAGCCGGGCACUAUAACCCAAGGUUGCAAGUGCUAAAACUACAAGACGAUAUUCCAACUCUCGAAGAGCUGCAGGAUACAAAUACUACAACUACUACUACAACAACAACAACAACAACAAAUAAAACUACAACUACUAUUACUACUAACGAGAAUUAAGGCAAAAAAAAGUAAAACCAUGGUUAGGCAUGAUUUAGGCAUAGUGCAUACAAAAAAAAAUCUAUAUAUACAAUAUAUAUACACAUUAUACAUACAUACAUAUAUAUUUUACUAUACGUGAAACACACAGAUGAAACAUAUAUAUAUAUAUAAAUCUAUUAUAUGUAUACACAUAUUAUUAUUUCUAUAUUUUGAAUGUAUUACAUACAUGAAUGUAUUUUGACAACUCAACAAAAAAAAAGCAAACAAUGGAAAGAAAAACGGACAACAAGCGAUAGAUAAAGUGUGGAAAAGAUACAUAAUAUUAAAAGGAUAUAGCAAGAGAGAGAGAAAACAAGAAACUAAGCAACAGCCACUAAUUUACGAUUAAAAGUGUAGUUACGAGAAGCGCAAGCAAUUUAAACUCUUAUUUUGUAUAGGAAAGAGUAUAGAGAGGUGCGCAGAAAAGAUGAUUUUAAAAAGUUCAACAACAUUGUUCAUUAAAUGAAAUAUGUCCUUCCGAAUUCCAUGCACCUAUUCUCCCGUACACGCAACAAAAGCCAACACCCAAUCCAAAGGCCAACGUAAAUAAAGCAAAGCAAGCAAAUUUAAUCGAUACUUUUAGUAAAAAACACAUUUUUCUUUUGACUUUAAGAGCUUUAAGAAUUCUUCAAUUGAACAAAAUUAAUUGGUUAUAUAUAAUUUAUACAAAAAGAUGAGUUGUGCUUAUUUUACUUGGCCACAGAAACAAUUAACACACACACACCCACACAUAUACAAGUAUACCUAACUUACGUGCACAUACAUACAUAUGUUUCAGAUGAAAUUUCAAACAUGUUUUUAAAUGAUUUUAAGCUGGCAUUAUGCAGCAAGCAACUACUACUACUAUAAAUGUAACAAUUCAAUGUGAUAGCAAACAAAAACCAGAUGUUGAUGAUGAUGUGUAUAUGUAGAUGAGAGGAGAGUUUAAGUAUAGGAUCGUAACAAUUAAGAGAACAAGCAGAAUGUAUGUGUUGAAUAUUUACAGCCCGUUUAUUCAAGAAACAAAAAACAAGAAACCACAAAAUAUAAAAUCAAACUUAUCUAUAAUUAUAUCAAUAAACUUGCCGUCUAUCUGAUACUUA